UUUGUUUAACGCGGGUUCCCUUAUAAAAGAAAGCAAAGAGACGCAGCCAACCAAAGAAGCAUACUAAAUUGCUCAUUCCUUUGCGUCCAACAAAAACGGAGGAAACUUAGACGAACAACCAGAAAACUAACACCACCACAAAGAAGAUGACCAAAGUUUGCGGCUCCAACAACUACAAUACCCUUGUGAUGUUGCUCACAGCUCUGGUAUUUGCUUCAAUGAUAGUCAACGCUCAAUGCCGCCACAUCACCACCAAAGAUGCCGAAGAAGAAGAUGAGCAUCUUGAGAUGAAGUGGGUGCUCGAGAUGUCUAGCAGAGAUGAAAUGGUGCAAAUGGCAGGGUAUGGUGAGGAAAAACUCUCCACCAUUCUAAUCACCGGCGCAGUUGUUUGCAACAAAGCUUGUUUAGCAGACAAACACCAGCUUCAGCUUCCUCCACAGCCUAUCUCAGGGGCCUUGGUGGGAGUUGUAUGUCAUACCAACAAGAAAGUCAAAAGUCCAAGUUGGGCUAAGGCUGUUACUGACGAAUAUGGAGAGUUCAUAAUUGAACUUCCCUCUCAUCUUCAUGGGAUACCCGACAUGGACAAGGCGUGCUCAGUUAAAAUCCUAGAGCUACCUAAGGAUUCACCUUGCCAUUUAUCAGCUUUAGUCAGUAAACACAAGGAAAUCAAGUUAGGUUCUGUUGGAAAUGGAGUCCGUACAUAUACAGCAGGAAGUAUGGAAUUUCUGCAUACAAUGCCUGAGGAUUCAGAAGCUUGCAUCAAAGGGCAGGAGGAUAAGCAGGAGAUGUCAUGGUAGGUGGAAUUUCAAUGUAAAAUAGAAAUGUAUGAUGGCUCACUCGGAUGGCGCUGCAGUCACAGUAACGAGUCCCAGGUUUCAAUCCCACCUACUCAUUUACUUGAAUUCUUGAAGUGAAUAUACAGCAAGUUCAAUUACAAUUUUAAAGGGGAAAAAGAAAUAUACACCACUAUGUAUAAUUGUAUAUUACGAGUACAUGUGUAUAUAUAUAUAUAUAUAUAUACUGAGUAUGAAAUAUUAUUGAAACGCUUGGUGAUGUACCAUAUAUUCA